AUGAAGAUACUUAAGACCCAAUUUAGCAUUGUGUUUGAUAUGCUUAACUGUAGUGGCUUCGGAUGGGACACAACUAAGCAAUGUGUGACUGCUGAAAAAGAAGUUUGGGUUGAAUAUUUUUUGCCCAAAAAUACAAUACCUUUCAGAGAGAAAUUUUUUCCACACUAUGAAACUCUAGCUAUUGUGAUCGGGAAGGAUAGGGCAACAGGAAAAGGAAUGGAACAUCCUACUAACGUUAUAGAGGAAUUGGAUAAAGAGGUUAGUCAAGAGACUGUCAGAGAAGAUUUUAUUGAUAUUGACUCACCUUCACAGGAUGCAACAACAGGGGACACGAGUGAUGUAUCCUUGAAGCGAAAAAGAAAGAAAUGA